UUUGAGCCACGACUUCCACGUACUCCCAGACGAUGCAGGACUGCUACCACGGCUCGAUCUGGAGGCUGUUAGUGCUCAUCCGGCGAGGUUCGAUGAUGUCCACGGUCAUGUUAAGCCAGCGGAACUUCAAAGUAUACGCCAUUUCCGAGAUCAUGUCAACAAG